AUGGAUUCCAGCGCAUCUGACUCGUCUGCUACUUCAUCAAACCGUCACGAAUAUCGCCUGAUCAUAUCGAAUUUGGCGCAUGACGUUAGCCGCAAAGAUCUUGAAGAUCACUUACGAAAAGUUGGCGAAAUCGCAUAUUAUACGAAAAAAGGCGCAAUUGUGGGGUUUUCGACACCAUCCGCCAUGAAAAAGGCGUUCAAAGAAUUGAACGGAAGCCAACUAAAGGGUAAACGUAUACAAUUAACUGAGUAUACCGAUCGGAGUAGGUCGCGUAUACGUUCUACGCGCGCACGCGGACUAUCCUUAUCCUCACCCUCACCGGUGAGGAAUAGAUGGUAUGCAACUGAAAAUGUGCCCUCGGAGUGCACAUCACCAGUGGAAACGUGUACAGAAUCAAGCUGCAGUACAAACGAGCUGAGUGAUGUUAACAAGCGUAAAGCAGAGCCGCUUUGCAAUGCAUCCAAACGCGCGCGCAAUGAUCGUUUUAGGUUGGGUUAUCGCUGCAAAUCACGCUCGUCCAAACGUUUUCGUGCAAUUUCGUCAUCAGAGUCGAGUGACGAUGACUCUUCUGGCAAUUCCAUAUCAUUUAUACCUCCACCUAGAAUGCUGCGUCGAAGCGUUUACUAUUCCAAUCAAAGUGCAUCAGCGAUUCCAUAUGACUCCAAUUCACGAUCCACGUCCGAAGAGGAGUUUAUAGAACUUGAUCAAGGUUCGCAAGCAGAUGAAGAUAGCGCACAAGACCAUGAGGAGAGUGGCUCCACCAGUAGUGAUGUCGGUUAUGUGUCACUUUUAUUCGAUAAUUUAAGAGCAUGUUACUAA